AUGACGAAGAUUGAACUUCCCACUCUUGUUGACUGUCAUGUUCAUUUCCGUGAGCCUGGACUCGAGCAAAAAGGAGACAUGCGGAGUGAGUCUGAGGCGGCUUAUGCUGGUGGAAUAGACGUUGUGUGUGAUAUGCCCAACACGAAGCCACCAACACAGACGAUUGCGGCUUUUGCAGAUAAAGUUCAGCGCGCCAAGGCGGUAGAGUCUCUCUGUGAUAUUCGCUUUUUCUUUGGUGCCACAGCCCAUGAACAUCUUAAGGAGUUGGAAGAGCUUUGGACAAACCCGCAACAUGCCAACCUUAAGUCUCGCUGUGCUGGACUGAAAUUAUAUCUUGACAACUCCACCGGUGAUCUUAAGAGCAGCACAGAGGUCACAGAAGCGGCAUUUGCACUCUGCGGCCGUUUAGGCAUUACACUUGUUGCUCACUGUGAACAUGCAGGCCACAAUGAUACCGCAUCCACUGCACAUCCAUACACAGAUGCCGCCUCUCACUCUCUACGCCGCCCUGCUGAAUCUGAAGUUGCCUCCAUCGCCGACGCUAUUGAACUCGCACGGCAACACGGAACACAUCUGCACAUUGCACACUUAUCUACAGGAGAGGGACUUGAUCAUGUACGCCGCGCUCGAUUAGAUGGACUGCACGUUACAGCCGAAGUCACACCCCAUCAUCUCUUCUUAACAACAGAAGACUACAGCUGCUGUGGGGCCCGUGUGAAGGUGAAUCCUCCGAUACGUCCGCCGCAGCAUCAUGAACGACUCUGGGAAGGUGUGCUUGACGGAACGGUGGACUGCAUUGGCACAGAUCACGCACCCCACACACUGGAGGAGAAGAAUGAUGCGGGAAAUCCACCAAGUGGAAUGCCAUCUAUUGAAGUAGUAGUGCCAUUGUUGCUUACAGUGUGCGCUGGGCAUUGGCCUCAUCCUACGGCAAAAAAACCAAAGGCACUUGAGUCACGUCAACUUAAGGUAGAUGAUAUUGUACGACUUAUGCAUACAAAUCCCAAUCGUAUUUUUAAUUUGGGACUUUCAGAUGAGAAGAAGCGCAGUUUUGAUCUAUCCACUGAGUGGGUUGUACAAGAGUCAAUGCUAAAAUCAAAAUGCCGUUGGUCGCCAUACGCCAAUUGGCGGUUGGUGGGUAAAGCAUUGUAA